CAAGCAUGCGUAGUAGAGGCCCUUUCCCUCCCAUUCAUAAAAUAGCCAUUUUCCCAGGCAGCGGUUGUUGCAACAGCGAAGCGACGGCUGCCGCCGCUCCUGACAGCGCACCACUUGUUCAGGUUGCUCUCUGAGCCCCGGGUGUGUUUCGUGUCGAUUUUAACCUCAUCCUUCACCACCCACGUGCAAGUACAGCCGGGAUUUUUCUCGGAUUUAGGAUUAACUCGCCUGUUGAGAUAUGAUCUGGACUGGAUUGUUGAAAAUGGAGUUGUGGUGGUUGUCGCAGUCUUAAAAGACCUGAAGCCUGAUCCUAAGCAUGUUCACUCAGAAGUAAGAUUCACUGAAUUCAGUGUGCCUGGACACCUAAAAGCAGCCUGAAAAAUAAAAUGGAGCCUCGAAUGCCUCACAACAUGACUGUGGUGCCCAGUUCUACCAUGGUACAGCCUCUUCUAGAAAGCCGGAUCCCUUAUGGCAGACUGCAACAUCCCUUGACUAUCCUGCCUAUCGACCAGAUGAAGACCACACAUAUGGAGAACGACUACAUUGACAAUCCCACACUGGCUCAACUGGUGGCUCAGAAGCCUCCCCGGAGCCACCACGAGCCCACCCUUCCACCACGGUGUGAACAAGAUGUCACCCAUCCGUGGAUCUCCUUCAGUGGGCGACCCAGCUCCAUCAGCAGCAGCAGCAGCACGUCUUCAGAUCAAAGGCUUUUGGACCACAUGGUCCCAGCUCCCGUGGCUGACCAGUCCUCCCCAAGAGCAGUUCGGCUUCAGCCCAAGGCAGUUCACUGCAAGCCCUUGGAUCUGAAAGGACUCCCCUCUCUGAAGCUGGACAAGCACUUUUUGCUGUGUGAAGCCUGUGGAAAAUGCAAGUGUAAGGAAUGUGCCCUGCCUAUGACUUUGCCCUCAUGUUGGGUGUGCAAUCAGGAAUGUCUGUGCUCAGCCCAGAACCUGGUCAAUUACUCAACCUGCAUGUGCUUGGUGAAGGGCAUAUUCUACCACUGCACCAACGAGGAUGACGAGGGCUCCUGCGCAGACCAUCCCUGCUCUUGCUCCCACUCGAACUGCUGUGCCCGCUGGUCCUUCAUGAGCGCCCUCUCCCUGGUUUUCCCCUGCUUGCUGUGCUACCUGCCAGCCACCGGCUGUGUGAAGCUAUCGCAGCGGUGCUAUGACCGAGUGAGUCGGCCUGGAUGCCGGUGCAAAAACACAAACAGCGUGAUUUGUAAAGCGUCCCCGGACGGGAAAGCUGACAGCAGACUGGAGAAAUCUUUUUGAUUGCUGGAGAGAUGUUGGGAAGUGCAGGAUGGGAAAAGAAAACAGAAAGGGUGUUUUGUCACCUGUGUCAAAGUAUAACAUAUGUCAGCCUUUUGUAGGGAGGGAGGGAAGGAAGGAAGGAGGGAAGGAGGGAAGGAGGGAGAGAAAUGGAUAUGGAUAUGGAUAUUUUGCUGUCCAAGGGCCAAAACAGACUACAUAGAGCAAUGUGAAGACAUCUCCUCUCCUAGUCCUUAGUCCUGGCAGUUUGAUCAAUCUAGAGAUUGCAAGAAUAAUCCAGAAGUAGGCUUGGCAUGUACAUCAGCAGAUGGAAGCAGGACUUCAGUUCAGGGCCACCAUCCAAUUAACAUAUUUAUAGGUUAUGGGCAGUAAGGGCUAAGUUUCCCUCAAGGCUUUAACAAGAAUGUUCCUUACCGCCUCAUUUUGUUGUUGUAAUUGUUGUGUCUGUACGUUGUAAGAGUACUCCUUUUAAAAAUAAUCUUUCUGAAUAUGUAGAAAUCAGUAGCUCUUCUCAGGUAUUAAGCUUCAACAGAGUAUUCAAACUUGAAUAAAGAGUUCAAGACUGAUCAGAUGGAUAGAUUCAGGGAUAGGGCAUUCUGCGCCCUCCCUAUAGAGGUUUAAAUGCCCUGGGUGAGCUUAACACCUGGAUUAGUGCUACCUUUAACUCCUGUUGAUUUUACUGCCAUUAAGGCACAGUCUUGAAAGUCUGAAUAACGAGAAAAUAUCCCAAUUCUCUUCCAAAAUCAUCUCUGUCUCUCUGUCUGUCUCUCUCUCUCUGUUCUUUCUAGAAUGAUCACUACAAAGAAUAUAUUCUAACUGAUGGAUUACUUCCUUAUUAAGUGUUUCUUGAUCUCUUGUAACAGAAAUGGUGGGGAGGGGGAAUUCAUUCCUUUUUGCAAGUUCCACAAAGAAUUCAUACCAGCGGCCACCAGACUGAACUUUAUCCAUUCAGGUCAAGUAGGAGCAAAUGGUAACAUAAGGCUUUUGACGUUUCAAUGCUGGAACAAGUUUGAAAGCUAUGACCCAACUUGGUCAUAGUUUCUAGGACUUUUAAGCUGAUUUUUGCAUUUCAGACGCACAAAAUUCUGAGCAUACAUUUGAAAUAGCGUAUUAUGUUGCUUGAUCAUUAUUGCACAUUUUUAUUGCACAAAUAAGAUCCUGCUACGCAAAAGAAGAAGGAAAAGAAGGAAAACUGAGCUUAAGUUUCAAGGGAACUAAUCUCGGUACUUUCAGGAUAAAUAUAAGCAGCUCAAUUCUCCUGAAAUAAAUUAUACUUUAUUAAAUCUGAUGAUAGAGAUGCUUGAGCUGAAGCUUAAGAAUUAGCCUCUACUCUGCAUCUGAAGGAUUAACCCAAACCAAGCACAAUAUAUCUGAGUAUCUUGGGACAGUUAGAAAUGGAUCAGCACAAUCUCAAACUCUCUUUGAAAUGGAAUCGUUUUUGACAAAACAGCAUACACUCAAUAUUUUAAUUCUCAAAUUAGAUAGUUGCUGCUUAAUUCUCUUUUCUAUAAAGCAACAUGCUGCUGUUCUUACAGGAGGGUUGCUAACAUUUUUUUUAAGUGUUGGGGAGGGGAAAUAAGCUUGAGGGGCAUAUUUCUGACAAAGUGCCUACAGUUUUUGUCUUUCUAGAUAUCAUCUAUCAAUAUCAAACUUCCUGAACUGGUGCCCCCUGGGUAGGUUGGAUUACAAGUUCUGCGGCUCCAGUGCUGACUGGGAAGGAUAGAGAAAACAGGAGUGGAAUAUAUUUGAAGGGUUGAAGGUUGGAAAGGUUAAUCUCUGUACUUGGACAGCAACAAAGGCUGUUAAGAUGUUUUUUUUAAGUGGGAAGGAUCCCUGCUCAAGGCCAGUGGAUUAACCUUAUUACAAGAUGCUAAACAGGAAGUCACUGACACUACACAACAAAUGGGAAAGAGAGGCAUGUAAAAAAAAGCUGAUCUGUAAAAGUGAAGAGUAUGUCUCUCUUUAAUUAGAAAAGAAAAAUCCAUGGCACCUUUUCAACCAAAUAGGAUUUCUGAUCCAAAAUUAAUCAACUAUGUAGAGAGAAAGGAGGCCAAUUUUAUUAUUAUUUUAGGGAUAAGCAGGUAGAGGAAUAUCCUCACUUUCUUCACGAUGGAGGAUUUAUUUAGAAUGGUAGAUUUGGCUGGAAAUUAUUUUUAAUAUUUUUAAAUGUUUCUGUUCUUCUAUUUUAUAGGAAAGAGAAUUUGUUUUACGAGUCCUUGAUAUCUGAGAUUAGCCUUACCAAGGAGAUACUGGGGGUGGAAACCUUUGUUCAUUGAAAUGAAUGGUGGGAGAAAUCUGCAAGCGUUUUCUUCUUCCACUCAUUUCAGUGGAGAUUACAAGUUCCUGCUGGAUUCUGCUCAGUGUGUGUUAUGGAUAUUCUUACAAAUACUUGAGAGAAUCACAGGGGCAUGGGGGUGAAGGCAGAGUGAGGGGGGAAAAAGAACCUUAGUCAACAUAUUGUUGAAUGUAUUCAUCCCUGUCAAUAUUCAUGGUAAUGAAGUAGCAUUAUCGAACCAUAAAUGCUUUGUUACAGCAUUCCUCAAAGUAGUGUCCUCUAGAUUGAUUAAAACGUCAACUCCAUAUCCUCCUGACAGCAGGGGAACUAAUGUGUAAAACAUCUGGAGGUCGCUAAAUUGAAAAUGCUGUCUGAUUGUCUCUUUUGUUCCUAUUAGUGUGCAGCAGUACUGAUCAAGCAAUAUAUAUAUUUUUAAAAAGUAGAAUUCUAGCACUCUUAAGUCAGACAAAGAAGCAGAAUAUCCAAACCGGUGGGUCAACAUUUUGACCUUUUACAUUUGUCUUAUUAUUUCUUAGACUUUUUAAGAAAGAAAACUUGGGGCUUUUAUUGUUACUGUACAUAGUUGAAAACCACUUAAAUUACUGCGUGGGUUUUUGAAGCUUGUUUUUAAUCUAUCGGUAUCAAUGUACUGGAGAUGGAUUAUGUGUGAAAAAGACCAUGGAAAGGGAAGACUCUGAAAAUGCAAGCAGAAUUUAGCUGCCAGCCUCCACAGCUUCCCCCUCCUCCUGACUAUCCCUCUUGUGUAGCAGUCGGUCCGCAUGUUUCUACAGUUCUUUCCUCGAGACCUAGCAACACCACUGACAACAUUUUUGCCGAGCAUUGAAAACUUUCUGGGUUAGUCCAGCCCAAGAAGACCCUGAACGGCUUACGCUAUUCCUUUGACAUGGCCUUCUUGAAUGCUUUGCCUAAAAAGUUCUUCCUCAGCUCUUCUUCAAGCCUUUUGCCCUUUCCGUUCUACAGCUGAUCCUUGUCUCCUCUCUCCCACUCACCCUUCUGACCACCUCACCCUCUCAAAGGGUUAUAAAGACAGAACCACCACACAUCUAUGUGAAAUUAAGAUCUGACUGGCUAAUCCAGGGAAACUUCCUUACACUUUCCCAGCUGGUCAGGCUGGAUCCUGAUUCACAAGGAAAUUGUUCAGGAACAUCAAAGUGCAAUCUACAUCAGGGGUGUCAAACUGGCAGCCCACAGCCCGGAUGCAUCAUGUGCAGACUACGCCCACCCCGGCUCCGCAAAGGCAAAACCAUCACGAUACAUCACGUGAUGUCAUGUGACGUGAUUGAGUUUGACGCCCAUGAUCUACAUAGAUAAACCCAUGGGAAAAGCAAGGAACCCGUAGGCCUUCCUGACAGCUUUCUGAAUGGCCAGUGGUGGAAAAUGCUAAAGGUUUCUUCUCCUUGAUCUUCCUCUUCCUCCCCUACCUUCCCUGGGUGAUUCCUGAAAGCUCCCCUCACAUGGGUAGUAGCACCUUCAUCUUUCAACAGGACAAACAAGAAAAAUGCAUACCAAGUAAGGGACAUAGUUCCAUCCCUUGUUCUGAGCAAACAUUAUUUCUUCCAAGACAUGCCCGGCAGCAUAAUUCUAUACAAAGCAAGGAGACGGAAAGUGGGCAACACAGUGGCACAGCACUUGCUAUUCCUGUCUCUUGUUGCUUUAGCAAAGUAAAAUAGCUGCUUUUUCAAGUUGCUGUCCUGAGCUCUGUGCAUGGUUAGGUUAUUUUUAUUAAUCUUUACAGAGAGCAGUCCAGGUUUUCCCUCUUCUUUACUUCUUUCCUCGACUGAAAAAAAAAUUACCACAGAAGUUUUCCUUUGUAUAGAAUAUUUAUUUCGAAGCUCUAUUUUAAUAGUAUUUAUUUUAGAAAUUUACUAUUGUAAGAGUUCUUCUGUUUGUGAAGAAAAACACAUUAAACUGAAUGUACUGAUCUAGAAAUUAUAUAUUAAAUAUAUAUUGUUAAAUAUG